AUGGAGGAAACGCGGUGCGAGAAAUACUUCGUUCAGACUGCUACGCGAAGAGAUGAUGGUCAUUAUUCAGUUGGCUUACCGAAAUCUCCGGAUGGGCUGGCUCAAUUGGGCGAAUCGAAAUCCACUGCUUUAAGACGUCUAAUGCUGCUGGAACGGCGACUAGCGCGAGAUGAAACAUUAAAGCAGGAGUAUCAUGCAUUCAUGACUGAUUACUUGAGUCGAGGUCACAUGCGAAGGAUUAUUGAGAAUCCUGCAGAUACUAAGGUUAGUUAUUCCAGUAGUAAAAGAUUCCAGUACCACUACUCGCUUAUUCAGGACGAUUUACGGACGAUUCUAAUGCGUAGUCGGCUCUAUCCCAUCGUGCUCAUUGCUGAUGUUGAGAAGAUGUUUCGACAGGUUUGGAUGAACUCGGAAGACUUAUCGCUGCAAAGGAUCCUUUGGCGAUUCUCUCCAGAUGAACCGGUAGAAACGUACGAAUUAUUAACCGUAACGUACGGUACUAAACCUGCUCCAUUUCUGGCCACUAGGACUCUAAAGCAGCUGUCCAUCGACGAAGUAUAUAGUUUUCCGCUAGCAGCAAAACGAAUUUGUAAGGACGUUUACAUGGAUGACGUUAUUACGGGAGCAAAUAACAUCGCAGAAGCAAGGAUAAUCCGGUGUCAAUUAGAUGGAUUGUUACAAAAAGGAGGAUUCCGGUUACGUAAGUGGGUCUCGAACAAUGAAGAUGUACUAACUGGAGUUGAAGAAGAUAAUUUGGCUCUUCCACGAGACAAAACGGUUGAUUUUGAUGCGGAACGAACGGUUAAAACUUUGGGUCUGGUUUGGGAACCACGAACAGAUACAUUUCUUUUUAAAAUUCAAUAUGAGAUUAUUUCGGAUUCAUCGCUGACCAAACGAAAGGUACUUUCUCGCAUAGCGAAAAUUUUCGACCCUUUGGGAUUAGUUGGACCAGUCAUAACAAAGGCAAAAAUGUUCAUGCAACAGAUUUGGGAGCUUAAAGGUCACUUUCUCAUCGGCUCAUCAUUGCAAGCAGUUCCCGAUAAGGAUUUCACCAACACUUCCCCUAAUCGACUCACACACUGGCAGCUAAUCCAACAACAACUUCAACAUUUCUGGCGUAGAUGGCAUACCGAAUACCUAUCGCAGCUCCAGGCCCGAGUUAAGAAUUGGCAGCCUGCAAUUAACAUUGAAACUGGCAGACUUGUCAUCAUCGUCGAUGAGAACCAACCAUCGAUGAAAUGGAGAAUGGCCCGCAUUCAUCAAACUCACCCAGGCAAGGACGGUGUAGUUCGCGUCGUUACUCUACGGACGGCAACCGGUUACGUGACUCGACCUGUAACUAAAAUAUGUCUACUACCAUUGGCCAUCGCAGACGAACCCGAUACCAGCCAGCAACAGUAA